GCAGCUGCCGUGAAUACAGUGGCGGGAACGCGCGCGCGGGCCUGAAGCCCGAGGGCGAGGUUAGGACUGCAACGCCAGGAGAUGACUGGACGGAGCCCAAGGUGACGGCAGUGGGGCGGGACAAACAGCCGGAUCAAGGUAGUGCGGGCCGUGCCUGGGGACUAAGAGGCGCCCUGGAGCAGGCGGAGGAGGAGGUGGCUGUGCGGCCCGAGACGCCCGAGGACGAUGAGGACGAAGAGGAGGCGCUGCCACACUCCGAGGCGGUAGACGUGUUCCAGGAGGGUCUCGCCAUGGUCGUGCAGGACCCGCUGCUAUGCGAUCUACCGAUCCAGGUUACUUUAGAAGAAGUCAAUUCACAAAUAGCACUAGAAUAUGGCCAAGCAAUGACAGUCCGAGUGUGCAAGAUGGAUGGAGAAAUAAUGCCUGUGGUUGUGGUACAGAAUGCCACGGUCCUGGACCUGAAGAAGGCCAUUCAGAGAUACGUGCAGCUCAGGCAGGAGCGGGAAGGAGGCAUUCAGCACAUCAGCUGGUCCUAUGUGUGGAGGACAUACUACCUGACCUCUGCAGGAGAGAAGCUCACUGAGGACAGGAAGAAGCUUCGAGAUUACGGUAUCCGGAAUCGGGAUGAGGUGUCCUUCAUCAAAAAGCUGAGGCAAAAAUGAACCUCCAGACGAGGACAACUGUGCUACUGGCCAAGCUCUCCCCACCCCCAGGAGGAAGCCUUCGAAACUGUUCCCUUUUUGCAGAAGAGUGUUGAGGUGGCCUGCACCUAGCUGGAACACCCUAAUCGUGUGGCAGAUGGGCCUGGCCCUCUGUACAGGAUUCAUCCAUCUGCUUCUUAGUUUGGAAAGUAAAAAAGCCACAGUACUUGGGGCCGGAGGGACUGGUGCUGCCCAGUCCCAGAGGGGAAGCAAGGGCAGAGGAUAGUGCAAGUGAGUGCUAAGGUGGAGGACGCUUCACCUGAGCCCUGUGGCCACCCCCUGGCCAUAAGACCCUUUUACUGUGAUCUCUACAGCAAGGGGAAAUAAAGGCAGAGUGGCUGGC